UUAUUGAAUCUCCUCUUGUGACGACGAGAACUGAGUUAAAGAGAGGCUAGACCAGAGUAUAGGAAGGCUAACCAAAAUUGCUUAAAGUACCCAGGAGAAACAAAAUGGCUUCUACAAGUACGUCUUCAUCUACACAAGAAAAUACAACAUCAGAAAGUUCAGAAAACAUUCAAAAUCAGACUCCAAGCGAAGCAAGUACCAGAGCUGCAGGCUCGAAAAGAGGACGAAACCAGCCCAGCAAAAUUGCGGUGAAGAAAAAAACAAGUUCGGCUGUCAAAAGGAUACAAAGAGAAUUGACAGACAUCACAUUGGACCCCCCACCGAACUGCAGUGCUGGACCAAAAGGUGAUAAUGUUUACGACUGGGUUGGAACCAUUCUUGGCCCACCUGGAACAGUGUAUCAGGGUGGAGUGUUUUUCUUGGAAAUAACUUUUCCAGCUGAAUACCCGUUUAAACCACCAAAAAUAAUUUUCCGAACUCGUAUUUAUCAUUGCAAUAUUAAUUCGCAGGGUCAUAUUUGCUUGGACAUUUUGAAAGACAACUGGAGUCCGGCAUUUACAGUUUCGAAGGUUCUUUUAUCUUUGAUAGCAUUGCUGACUGAUUGCAACCCAGCUGACCCCCUGGUGGGAAACAUAGCGCAUCAAUUUCUCACGAAUAGAGAAGAGCAUGACUCAAUAGCACGCGAGUGGACUCGACGAUAUGCGACCUAGACGUCGAAGCAACUCGAUUGUACAUAGCUACACGUCAACUGAAGACGCCAUAAUGUUAUUAUACCAAGUUGGCCUAAACCUAUGCAACGUUCAGUCCGGUCAAAGUUCACGAAAAUGGUGGACAACGAAAUAUGAUAAACUGAAGUUGUGUAAUAAUAACUUGUUUCCUUUUGAAGUUAAUCUGUUUCUGUUUUGAAUCAGAAGUAAAUCCGAUUGGUUGAUAUGGAGUAAGUAAGAGCUGGUUGGUUAAUACGGAGUAGGGAAAAGAGAAGCCUUGCUACCACGGUUAUCUCUAGCAUUUUAUGGUAGUUUCGAAUCAAAAAAUGGGGUUAAAAAAGCAUAUCAGUAAAAUAAUUUUGGUUAACCAUACCUGGUUUAAAUCUCGUUAGUUUUGCUAUGUCAAUAAGUGUGGUUUUGGAACUUUGUGCCCAUAUUUCUUACGGAAGUAAGGUUAGAUAGCUAUUGUAAAUAUUUUUGUAGGAAUUUAUUAAAGUAAAAAAAUUAAGAGUGAAAAAGUAUUUCGUGUUUAUAAAAAAGAAUUUGUUUUUGUUAA